AUGACUCAAGUGAUGUCUCCGGAUAGUAGUUACGGGCGUUACGAUACGCCGGCACCAACAGACAAUAUGAUGGGGUCGGUGCACACGGAGAGGGAACCAGAACUGCAUAUAGAGUUCGACGGGACGACGGUGUUGUGCCGAGUCUGUGGAGACAAAGCUAGCGGUUUUCACUAUGGCGUGCAUUCCUGUGAAGGCUGCAAG